UAAAUUUUGACAACAUGUAAUCGUCUCAUUGCAAAACACAAAGGAUAAGAUAGCAAAGCAUGGAUUUACUACUCACCCUCUUUCUCCUACUCUCUUUUGCAGCAUGGCUAUGGCUUUUCCGGGUCCUCAAACCCAAUCCAGGGCCCCGGAAAUCGGCUAAUCUCCCGCCAGGGCCAAACCCUCUUCCCAUAAUCGGCAACAUUCUCGAGCUCGGCGAGAAACCCCACCAAUCUCUCGCUAAGCUCUCCAAAUUCUAUGGGCCCUUGAUGCGGCUUAAGCUGGGAAGCAUGACAACCGUCGUGGUAUCCUCCCCGGAAAUCGCCAGGAUCGUGCUGCAAAAGUAUGACCAGCUCUUCUCCAACCGGACCCACGUAGACGCAAUCCGGGCACUUGAUCACCACAAGCACUCCGUCGCCUGGCUGCCCGUCGAUAACCUGUGGCGAAAACUCCGCAAACUGUGCAAAGAGAACAUGUUUUCUGUGCAUAGGCUUGAUGACAGCCAGGACCUGAGGAGGGAGAAGUUGCGGAAUUUGCGAGACUAUGUGAAAGAUUGCUGCGGCAAUGGUGAGGCUGUGAAUAUCGGUAGAGCUGCGUUUACGACGUCGCUUAAUCUGAUGUCGGCGACUCUUUUUUCAAAGGAAUUCGCUACGUUAGGUUCCUCAGAUUCGUCUCAAGAGUUUAGGGAUAUCGUGUGUGGAAUAAUGAGUCUCGUCUGCAAGCCUAAUCUUGCUGAUUAUUUCCCUCUUCUUCGGCUGGUUGAUCCACAUGGAAUCUUCCGGGAGACCACGUUAUAUUUCAACAAGUGUUUUGCGAUUUUUGAUGAAAUUAUCCGUCAAAGGCAACAGAGCAGUGAUUCGUCAACGCCAAAAAAUGAUAUGCUGGAAGCGCUUCUUCAAAUCAACCAGAAAAAUGAGUCUGAACUCAGCUUUUAUGACAUCAAGCAUUUACUUCUGGAUCUAUUCGUUGCAGGGACAGACACAACAUCUAGCACAGUGGAGUGGGCAAUGGCAGAACUAUUGCGCAACCCUGAGAAAAUGUGGAAAACCAGAGACGAGCUAAGAAAUGUGGUGGGACAGAAGGAAGAAAUCCAAGAAUCAGACAUCUCGCAACUCCCUUAUCUUAGAGCAGUGGUGAAAGAAACUUUCAGGCUACAUCCCGCAGCUCCUCUAUUGGUACCUCACAAAGCCGAGGAGGAAGUAGAAAUCAGUGGCUAUAUAGUCCCGAAAAACGCACAAGUUCUGGUAAACGUGUGGGCUAUGGGGAGAGAUUCAAGCGUAUGGCCGAACCCUGAUGUAUUCAUGCCGGAGAGGUUCUUGGAGACGGAAACUGAUGUCCAUGGCCGACACUUUGAGCUGCUGCCAUUUGGUGGGGGGAGGAGAAUUUGCGUGGGGCUGCCGUUAGCCUACCGAAUGGUCCAUCUCAUGCUUGCCACUUUGGUAAGCAGCUUUGAUUGGAAACUUGAAGAAGGGCUGAAACCUGAAGCAGUAGACAUGGAUGAAAGGUUUGGGCUUACUCUGCAGAAGGCCGUUCCACUCGUUGCAGUUCCUACUGAACUGUAACUACUAUUACGUUUCAUGACUUCAUCUUUCCAUAUGGGACCAUACCAUACGGGACCAUGUUCAACCAGCACUUGUCUUUGUUGUAAUAAUUAAUAUAUGUCAAUAACGUAGACUGUUUUUUUCUCAAGAUGAUGAAUAACUUUGCGUGUUCGUGGAA